AAAUGUAAUUAUUUCGUGUUUACGUUGAUUUACGUUAGUGCCGCACGUGAGCCGCAGAUUAGAAGCUCGGAAAUGCAAUAGGAAAGCGAGGAAACAAGAAAAUAUUCCAUUGCAUGUUGUAUAAGCGACCGCCAUUUGUAUUGUAUUUAAUUGCAUCUACCUAACGAUGUAAUUACUUUAAUUAAAUUGAAAAUGCGAUAUUUGCAUGUCAGGAAAUCGCAUGGGACUUUUCGUCGAUCGAAACCGUACGCAAUUGUGGCGUUUGUUGCAAUUUACUCGAGGCGUCUUUCGCGAAGAGUACACAACCGAAAUACGGUCGACAAUAGACGCCCGUCUUCACUUCCAGUUGGGGUAAUUGUAAUGUGGAGUUGGCGAGAAAAUCGUACGGGGGGCAGCUAGCGGAGCGAAGGCCCCCCCGGCUUCAGCAUGACGCGCGUUAAAGAAUGAAGAAGCAAAACGUCCGCACUUUAUCGCUCAUCGUGUGCACCUUCACGUAUUUGCUUAUCGGCGCCGCCGUCUUCGAUUCGCUCGAAUCGAAAACUGAAGCUAAGCGAAAGGAAGUCCUUCAAGAAAUCGAAUCGAUCAUCAAAAGGAAGUACAACAUCAGCGACGACGACUUUAAGAUUAUGGAGACGAUCGUGCUGAAAUCGGAACCUCACCGCGCCGGAAGGCAGUGGAAGUUCGCCGGCGCCUUCUACUACGCGACGACGGUUCUCACCACCAUCGGAUACGGGCACUCGACGCCGAGCACCGUCGGCGGAAAACUCUUCACGAUGUGCUACGCCAUGAUCGGCAUCCCUCUGGGGCUCGUGAUGUUCCAAAGCAUCGGGGAGCGCGUGAACAGGCUAAGUAGUGUCAUAAUACGAUCGGUGAAAUCUUCCUUGGACUGUCGCCAGAAGGAGGCGUCCGAAUUGGAUCUGAUCUGCGUAGUGACCACUCUAAGUUCCUUAACGAUAGCCGGCGGCGCGGCCGCCUUCUCCAGGUACGAAGGCUGGACCUACUUCGACUCGGUGUACUACUGCUUCAUCACGCUGACAACAAUCGGAUUUGGGGACAUGGUCGCCCUUCAGAAGGACAGCGCGCUGAGCGACAAGCCCGAGUACGUCAUGUUCGCGCUGAUCUUCAUACUGUUCGGGCUGGCGAUCGUCGCGGCGUCGCUCAACCUGCUCGUCCUGCGGUUCGUCACGAUGAACACGGAGGACGAGCGGAGGGACGAGGCGCAGGCGAUGCAGGCGCUCGCGGGCGCCGUUCGGCUAGAGGGCGACGUGAUCACGGCGAACGGUUCGAUCUUGAGCGGUCAGUUGGGGCACCAUUGCACGGAGACGACGUCUCUGGACGCCGACGACCAGUCGGUGUGUUCCUGUUCUUGUUUUCCUACGCACAGAUACAGCGGAAGAAGAUCGUCAACGGCCAAGCAUCUCCUACCCAUACUUCCGAUGCACGAGCUUCACCCCCCGCAGGGCCCUCUGGUGCCGUCUCCGGCCAUCUACACGAGCCACCGGGCCUCCAUAUGAUCAUUUCCACGGACGUCAGACUAGAGAAUGUGAUAAAGCGUUUUUUCUACAUACACUUCGAGAAGAGACACAACCGCCGUUUAACCCCAAGCUGCACCGUUUGCCAAAAUGGAAAUGGGAUCAAUUACUAAAAUGCCAAAAAAAAAGGGAAAUUCGCCAAAUUUUGAACAAAAAAAAAGUGCUUCCAACGCCACUUUGGUACGAUUAGAUAUUUGAGAAAAUCACGACUAUCUCUCUCCUCCUUUGAACUUCCCACGUCGCCGCGUCUCGCUUUUCGGGCGGCCAAGUACCUUUGGUGCAAUUAUGUACAUAAUCAAUUUGUAAAAAAUCGUUUUUUUCCCUGUGGACCGAGCAAGGUGUAAUUUGUGCAUUGUACAUGAGCCUCGCUCCAAACUGUACACCGCGGAAAAUUGAUCAAGGCCGGGAGAACCUACAACAUAUGCCGCGGCCCGAUUAUUUUUACUGUCUCCCUAUUGAUCCCAUUAAUUAAAUGUACACACUCUCAGUGUCGAUAUCGCCUCUGUUGACAUGUGCUAAUACAUUUAAUCGUCUGUUUGGGGGAUCAAUUGUGUACAGCUCGGAGCGACCUCAU